UAAAUGAAAAAUCAAUUGAGGCGUGUAGGCAGGCCAACCCUUGGGAUCAAGGUUUGAGUGUCUGGCAACAGUUUGCAGCCUGGGAAGCAGGGAAAGUUUGCUGAGCUCCCCUCCCCUGGGCCCUAAGCUCUCUCGGUGCGCUGCGUCCUGACGCGGUGAGCUCUCUGCAGCUGCUCCCCACCAUGAUCCCCGCCGCUGGGCUUUGUUCCCCGGUCCUUCGGAGAAGCACGGCGCUCUCCGCAGCUCUGAGGGUUUUCCGGACACCAUGGACCCGUCAGCCCGGAUUUCCCGCUGCCUCUCGGGGCAUCCACGUGGAUUCUCCGCCCGUCGUCCCCACUCUGACCACCAGCUACGUCCACGGCACGUCCUCCACGUCGCUGCUCCACGACACGGUCGCAGAGGCCCUGCAGAGGACGGUGGAGCGCUGGCCCGACAGGGAGGCCGUGGCCUUUCUGGAAGACGGAGUCCGCAAAACCUUUGCAGAGUUUCAACAAGACGUGGACCAGGCUGCUGCAGGACUUCUGGCUCUUGGGCUCAGGAAAGGAGACCGGCUCGGGAUGUGGGGGCCGAACACUUAUGAAUGGGUCGUGUUUCAGUUUGCAACAGCCAAAGCUGGGAUCAUACAGGUUUCUGUAAACCCUGCAUACCAACAGAAGGAGGUGGAGUUGGCCUUAAGGAAGGUUGGCUGUAAAGCUGUUGUUUGCCCUACAGAGUUUAAGACUCAGAAGUACUGCGACAUGUUGAUGAAGAUCUGUCCUGAAAUCGGGUCGUCCACCCCGGGAGACAUCAAGAGCGCCAGACUCCCAGAGCUUCGCUCCGUGAUCCUCCUGGACAGCCGGCAGCCAGGAAUGUUUCACUUUGAGGACGUGAUGCAGGCCGCGGGCAGCCAGCAUGUGAAGGAGCUGCAGGAUCUGCAGAAGAAACUCUCCUUUGAUGACCCCAUAAACAUCCAGUUCACCUCGGGUACAACUGGAGCACCUAAAGGUGCCACUCUUUCACAUCACAACAUAGUCAACAAUGCCUACUUUGUUGGGAAAAGAGUCGGAUACACCUGGAAGCCCCACACUCGUGUCUGCGUGCCCGUGCCGCUGUACCACUGCUUCGGCUCUGUCGGUGGAGGGAUUGCUAUGGCGGUGCACGGCCUCACCCUGGUCUUCCCCUCUGCAGGGUACAACGGAAAGGCCAACCUCGAAGCAAUGCAGAGUGAGAGGUGCACCUACAUCUACGGGACUCCCACCAUGUAUGUUGACAUGCUUAACCAGCCGGAUUUUGCUAAAUAUGACUUGUCAUCCGUAGAGGGGGGCCUCAUGGCUGGCUCCCCGUGCCCCCCAGAGCUGGUGAAGAAAGUGGUGACUGUAAUGGGGAUCAAAGAAAUAACAAUAGGAUACGGCACCACGGAGAACAGCCCCGUGACGUUCCUCGGAAAUCCCCUGGACAACAUGGAGAGGAAGUGCGAGACCAUUGGCUACAUCAUCGACCACGUGGAGGCUAAAAUAGUAAACCCUACAACUGGCCAUAUCAUGCCUCUGGGGAUGAAGGGGGAGAUAAUGGUGAGAGGAUACUGCGUGAUGCUGGAGUACUGGCUCGAGCAGGCUAAAACAGAGGAGUGCAUUUCUAAAGACGGCUGGUAUAAAACCGGAGACAUCGGCAGCUUGGACGCUUACGGCUACUGCAAGAUCGACGGCAGGAUUAAAGACAUGAUCAUCCGAGGAGGGGAGAACAUUUACCCGGCAGAGAUUGAGCAGUUCCUCCACACACAUCCCAAAGUGAAGGAGGCACAGGUGGUUGGAGUCAACGAUCCCCGCAUGGGGGAGGAAGUCUGUGCCUGCAUCAAACUGGUGGACGGCCAGGAGUGCACAGCAGAGGAGAUCAAAGCUUACUGCAAAGGACAGAUCGCUCACUUCAAGAUCCCUCGCUACAUCCUCUUUUUGACCGGCUUCCCGCUCACCGUUACCGGAAAGAUCCAGAAGAACAAACUACGCGAGGAGGCUGAGAGGCAGCUCGGCUGAAGGAGGGGAAAUGACAGUCCUCCCUCACGAAUGGAUAAAAUUCAAUUACUGUUUUCAGUAUAUAAACUGUAUAUGACUUGUAUACCAGAAACUACAAUUUGGAUUAACCCAACCGGCCAUCACCAGCAGAUAAAAUGUCUGGAGAAGUAACUCCAACAGACAGCCUAAGCCUUCGGUGGACGAGUGAUGGGCAGGUAUGAGGCCGCAAAUCUUUACGCUGUGAUUAGAGGGUCAAGAAUGAAAUAACACCGUCCUGCUGCUUUAAGCUCGUACAAGAGAGACACAUUGAUCCGUUUUGGAAGAUGUUACAACAGGGACCCAUUUUGCUGCUUAACGAUUUACAGAUUCGGAUCUGGGUUGAUCACAUCAGAGGAAUCAGGAUGCAACAUAUAAGCUGGUGAUUUUAGUAUUUACGGGUGAUUUGUGUUUUUAAACAUGCAGCAGUUUGAUUUUGCUCUGAGCAUGCCUCAUGUAGGCGUAGAACCUGUUCACUUGUCCUCCUCAGUUUUUAUACAGCAAAAAGCUACAAAUCUAUUGUUUUUUUUUUUUAAAUGGAAAUUUAAAAUAAACUAUAUUAAAGCCAGA